UGAAAAGUCAGAAAUUCACAGUAUCAGACGGCUGAAAGGGUUGAGAAUUGACCGGCCCCGUUUAGUUUUUCCACGAUAAUGAAGUGAAUUCAGUACCUUUGCGUCUGGAUCAAAGGAACAUGGCCCCCGUGGUGCUAGCGGGUGGCAGCGUGGCGGCUGCUUCUGCGGCUGCAGAGCACAGCGCUCCGGUUCCAGUGCCUGGCGUGGGGCCCGCCGCACGGGGCGCGAUCACCCGAAGCAAAGAGCAGCAGCUGCGUCGACUCCAUGCCGAGAUCGAGCAGACCACUCGGAAACUAGAACUAGCCAAAAGACGCGUUCUCAAGCUUCAAGAUGACAUUUCAAAGGCUAAGCGAGAGCACGAAGCUUUAUACCAGUCCAGGAGGGACGCGACGCCGACACGAUCUUCAGCCGAAAGCAAUGAGCGCUCGAACGACAACAAGGCGGCAAAAGCCUUGUUGAAAUUGGAUAGUUUGACGUUCGAAAAUAACGCGCUCCGAAAGAAGAUCGAGGGCGUUCGCAGAGACCGUCUGCAAUGCAACCUGGUGCUGAAAAAAGUGAAAGACGCGCUGCGAGAAAAAGAAAGGUUUGGAACUUUCAAAUUCUCUGCUGUGUAGUAUGAACAUGAAGUAGGUAUGGGAGGACAUUCCUCGUCACAAUGUGGAAGAAUGAUAGAAUCUUCACCUCCAUUUCGGAGUAGAGUUCUUUCGGGUGAGGAGCAACUUAACACUAUUUUCUUCGAAGAGCACGCUUCGAUCUUUUCUUUUACAUCACAGAUCAAUCGCCUCGUUGGAGGAAACAGCACAAGAAGCGCGGGAGGACGUGCAGAAAACAAAGGAGGCUAUCGGGGAGGUGAAGCAGCAUCGAGAACGGGAUUACCGCGAAUGGAAACACAAACUGCGAACUUUACAAGAACAGUUGAGGAUGGAGCGCGCUCGAGCUCUCGGAUCUCGGGCCGCACCAUCCUCAUCUGGGAGCGGUCGAGCCGCACCAUCCUCAUCUUCUGGUGGCGGCGUCGUGGGUAGUGGUGUUUCCUCUUCGCUGCCAGCUAUAGAAGAUGCAACUCCGAGUGGUGGUAGUGGAACGGCGAGUGGGGCGAAUGGAGGAACAACUACAGGUGGUGGGGCGGGGCGCGCGGCAAAAAAGCUAACGAUUAAUGUGAAUGCAAACACGUUCGUGGAGGAAGAUCAGCAUAGUCCAAUGUCGCCGAACUCUGGACCAAAGAGGACCGCUUUGAAGAACAGCAAUGCGGGAGGAAACUCCUCCAAUAAUGCCGCAAAUAAGACGAGGAAGCAGGUGACCGUACAGCCUCCUGGAGGAACACCGGGAGGGGGGACGAGUGGCAUUUACAGCAGCUCUAGUAAUAGCAAUAACACGCCUGCGAAUGGGUCUUCUUCCUCUUCCUCAAGUAAAACGCCACUAAGUCGAAGACCGCUAACUUCCGCGAACAAAACAGCGGAAAAGCACAUCGCAGACCAAGGGAAAAAGAAUCUUCUGUCCCCAUCCCAUGAAGAUCGCAGCGAAUUCUCGGAGCACCGCUUUAUGAGGCUGAUAUUCAAAGCGGCAUUCUGCAACGCGAUACAGCGUAGACACAUCAAGCAGCACCAGAAAUCGAUUCAGGUCCUCAUAACUCAUCUGUCCUGUUUCAAAAAGAGCAAUCUUCGCAGCACCAAUCUUUAUUCUUUCUACAAAAAAGCGUUCUAUUUUUUCAGCCACACUUGUAACUACAGCAAGGAUUUGCUUAAUUCGAUGACAUGUCUACUAGAAUAUGACAGGUGUACGAGCAAGCGUUUGACACGAUAAAGAGCAGCACGGGGAUAAGUGACAUCGAGGAGAUUGUGAAGAUAUUUACCAAGCUGGAGGAACGGAAUUACAGUCUUCUGGUCUAUGUGAACAUGCUUUCGCAAGACAUCGAAGAGGUGCAGAGAAAAAAGCAGCAACUCCUGCUGGAGCGUGGGGAGCAACAGGAAAAGUCGAGUGCUCUAGAGAAGAAGCGUGCGCACCUGCUUGAAGGUGUGCAGCGGAAGGUCGAUAGAUACAAUUACGAAGAUGUAGAAUUUUGGUAGAGGACAGACUUUGAUUCUGAAUAGUACUCUGCGCUUUCUAGUCUUCUGUUCUUCAUCAAGGACUAUUAGUUGUACCAGGAGGUUAGAAAAGAUGAACCACUCUAUCAUGGACGUGUCUCUAAUCCGUGGAACUAACGAGCGAGAUGCAGCAUCGCAUAGAGCAAAGCAAGAUUCCAGACAGCGUUCAGGACAUGGUGGUUAGCAUUUCUUGUACGCUUCACGAGCAGAACGUUACGAUGCUACGACAACAACAAGGUUAGUUCUUGGUUGUGUUGAUUAUUCUUGAGAAUCAGAAUUGAGUCGUUGUCCGUUUGAGAAGAUUCGUCUCAUUGUGCGCUCCACUAUUUGUUUCCGCAAAAAGCAACGAUAAAAAUCUUUAAUGAGAGUUCUAGCAAUAGUUCACCCUGUUCUCCAACUACAACAGCUGGCAGUUCCGGUGCUUUUUCCGCGCUGACUCAACAUCCCUGUGCCAACGCGUAUACUGUGGCGAACAUGCACUCUGUGAAUCCUUUUGGGGAGGACGCGGCCGAUGUGAAGUUUGAAGACUAUCUUGUCUACAUUGAGCAGGUUCUGACGCAAUGGCGAGAGUACCUGCCAAUAGCACCAGCCCUCGAUGCAGAGCGUGCGAUUCCAAAGCCGUUCCCAUACAUUAUGAAGUCGAACAAUAAAAGUUAAAGUUCAUCUUUAUAAAGAUUUUGUCUUACGCGUCUGACAAUGCAUGUUAGAAUGCCCAAUCUCAACUUCAAGAAAAAGAAGAUUUCGCAACAGCAGAUGAUAUCACGACCAAAAAGACUAGGACCCCCUCCUUCAUGCCCUCCGUGGCGCACGAAGUUAAGACUCAGUUAGCUCCGAAACGAGCACAGCUUCCGACGUUGCUAAGGAUCGCAGAUUUGCCGUCUGCAAACCUUACUGAUUUGCGACAAGGGAAAGACACAGUUGCGUCUGUUGGAGGAGGUACGAAUCAAUUCACUUUCAUUCUGUGCACCUGCUGCUUUCCAUCCACAACUCUCUCCUGUUGAUGGUCUCAAUAAUUUGACAUUUCUUGAGUCGACAUUUGACAACCCCCCCUAGCAUCUGAAGAAGAUAGUAUCAAUCUACAAGUUACUGAGUUAUUCUUUUCAGGUUCUUCACCCGAGCGGAAAAAGGACGAUGAGGAUAGCGACGAUGAAGAGGAUCGCGCGCUAUCGAAGGAAGAACUGCAAGCAAAAGUGAACGCUGCCCUGUCCAAGCGCAAAAAGAAACAUGCCAAUGUGAGGCUCACUGCGCAUAGAAGAGGUCCGUAAGCAGUGAAAAUUAUAAUACAGAGGACGUAUCAUGUGGAUACAUACUAUAAGAUCUUCUGACUUGAAAAUAUAUGAUUGUACGACUUAGACUUGAUCAUGCCCUUCUUUGCACAAUUUUCAAGACUCAACUACAGGUUCGCAAGACGAGGACGCUCUUGCGAAAAUCAGAGCUGGGGAAACAGGUGGGGAAACGAGUGCAGCAAAAGCAGCUUUGGCGGACGACGUGUCUGACAAGUCAUCGAGUGCAGAUUUGAGUGAUAGCGAUAGCAGCUCCUUCUCUUCAUCGAGCGAAGAGGGACCGACGGACGAACAGAUUAACGAAAUCUUUCUCAAGAGGUCUUUAUUUUUUCGCAUUACUAUUGUUCAGAUCACGGUGGCUUGCCAGGAAUGCGUUGCAAUCCCUAUCAAUACUUAAACAAGUUUCUAAUAUCUCGACCAUGAGCAAGCAUAUUAUGGUGGUUGCCCCUGGCAUCAACAAACUUCAAUUUUUUCCCUCCAACAAGCGUACCCUCCAAGACGCACUACAGGUACAAGAUGUCCAAAGCGGAUUUAGUCGCUCUUAGCGAAAAGAUGGGUAUCGCUUUGAAUAACUUGUGCUACUUGAAGCAGGAAUUCGAUUUGUAUGAUGAGGAUAGUAGCGGCUUCAUCGAUCUGGACGAGUUGCGGGAAUUGCUGUCGAAACUUGGCGAAGAUCUAUCCGAAGAUUAAGACCACUGGAAAUCCAUCUUUAGAAGCAUCUUGGGGGCUCUCUUUAAGGGAGAAAAAGGCUCAGGAUCAUUUUCAAUAUGGAUUUCGGGAAGGUCUAAGACGAGGAGCUCUUGAACGCAUUUAAAGAACUAGACUCGGAUUGCAGUGGCGAAAUCGAGUUCUUUGAAUUCGUCGAGUGGUUCACUAGUGAAGAGUAAGCUACGAAAGUAAGCUACUUGUACUUCAUCUUCUUGCUUCUCGGAGGGUGUGGUUGUCUGAUAGCUCGAGUUGUGGAUCAAGACUGUGUGGCGGGGGGACUCUCAGUUAGAUAUAAAUCGCCAGACUUCCGUCCUUUUUCAGAUUUGGUAGCGGACAGCGUCUCUCAGGAAAACCAGGCAGUUCGACCCAAUUUCUUAAGGAAAGAGAGGGCAUAUCUCCUUUGCCGUGAACUUGCAUUUCGGAAACAGAGAUAGUAGUUAGUACUAGCGUCUAAAAGAAUGAAAUUUCUAGAUCGUUGCAUUUUCUAGUUUCUUGAUUUCUUACCAAUCUACGAAAACUUGUGCUGAGCUUGUAAAUUUUCGUAUGGGCCUGCAUGUUUAAUCUAUUUUCAAUAUAAAUACUCUAUGCAGCUGACUUGUCUCUCUGCUGAAGACAUCAAAAUUUUCAGUGAAAAAGAAAUAUGGAAAAAGGGCUGCAGUGAUAGUCGAUAAGUUUCAGGUCGAUGCAACAUUGAAAUUAGUUUGAAACCGAAUCUAUAAAAGCACAAAGACACCCCACAAAAACUGAAAGUUUCUUAGAUAAUACUCUCUCGCAAACUACUCAUGCAUUUACUGUAUAUGUCUACCUUUAUUUUCGACUACAGUCUAUAAUUCACAAAACGAACCAUUUUUCUUAUCUUCCGCGUUGCUUCUCGGCCGGUUUCAAAAGCGGCCCACUGCAUUCAUUUCUAGUUCUUUUGUUUCAUCCCUGUCCUUGAAAACGACGCAAAUGCGAUCUCUAGUAGAGAAAAGGUUGAGAAGAACGAGGACAAAAGUACUUUUAACGUUGCAAAGACUGUGAACAGCACUUUUUUUAUUUUUCAGGCACAGACCACUGCAUGGUAAGCACAUCAUUUCAUCAGAUGAAGAGCACAUUCUGUAGCAACUAGCGCAGAAGCGCAAGAGACGAAACGUGCUAUCUGUAUCUCAGCACUAGCAAAG